CUCCAAACUAACAUGGCAGUCAGACUGUGUGAUGUGGCUUCUCUGCUUAGAAGUGGUUCGUGGGCAGCAGAGCCUUGGACUGGGCAGGUAAUGGCUGCCAUGGAAACACAACUGUCUAAUGGCACAGCGUGUAGUCACACAGCCUCUAGUUCAACCACCGUAAACAAUUGCUCAUCUCCAGCUGACUCUGGAAACACAGAAGACAGCAAGACCAAUUUAAUAGUCAACUACCUUCCACAGAGCAUGACACAAGACGAACUGAAGAGUCUGUUUAGCAGCAUUGGGGAGAUAGAGUCCUGCAAGCUUGUCAGGGAUAAAAUAACAGGACAGAGCUUGGGUUAUGGUUUUGUGAACUACACUGUCCCCAAGGUUGCUGAGAAAGCUAUCUGCACUCUGAAUGGAUUGAGACUUCAAACUAAAACCAUAAAAGUUUCCUAUGCACGACCAAGUUCAGUUUCUAUCAGAAAUGCGAAUUUGUAUGUUAGUGGACUUCCAAAAACAAUGGCUCAGAAGGAACUGGAACAGCUCUUUUCCCAGUAUGGGCGCAUUAUUACUUCUCGAAUUCUGUUUGACCAAGACACUGGGCUAUCAAGGGGCGUGGGGUUUAUCCGGUUUGACAAGCGAAUUGAAGCAGAAGAAGCUAUCAAGGGCUUGAAUGGCCAGAAACCUGCAGGUGCCACAGGGCCCAUCACUGUAAAGUUUGCUAACAAUCCAAGCCAAAAAAGCAGUCAGGCCAUUCUUUCCCAGCUGUACCAUUCUCCAAACAGGAGGUAUCCAGCGCCUCUAGCUCAGCAGGCUCAUCGUUUUCGGUUGGACAAUCUGCUCAACAUGGCUUAUGGUGUAAAGAGGUUUCCUCCAAUGAACAUUGAUGGAAUGACCAGUUUGGCUGGAAUUAAUAUCCCUGGACGUGUAGGAACCGGAUGGUGCAUUUUCGUGUACAACUUGGGCCCUGAUACUGAUGAAAGUAUACUCUGGCAAAUGUUUGGACCCUUUGGAGCAGUAACCAAUGUGAAAGUCAUCCGUGACUUCAACACCAACAAGUGCAAAGGUUUUGGAUUUGUGACCAUGACAAACUAUGAUGAGGCAGUUAUGGCAAUAGCCAGUCUGAAUGGAUACCUCCUUGGUGACAGAGUGUUGCAGGUCUCCUUCAAAACAAACAAAACGCACAAAGCCUAACAUGUUAUUCUCAGUGCAUUAAUACAUGAAAACUAUACAACAAAGGCAAUUUACAAGAAGCAUUAUGCAUUAGUAAAUGCCUUUGUUGUAUGCCCGUGUGGAAAUGGGGAUAAAAUGACUACUUAGCAUCCUAAGAAUGUGAGAGAUUUUUUUAUUGUUGAUAUUUGAAUUAGAACUUCCUAAAUGUCUUUUGUGUUUGAAUUUUGACAAGAGGUACAGGGUUUUUACCUGUUGCAAUGCAUAUGCUAUUGCCUUCUUUGAAGAAGGUGGACCUUCUGAAAUAUUUCAGUUAAAGGAAGUUUUUUUCUUUUUACAUGACUGCCUUUAACAUAUGAGUAAAUUCUGAGGCUUUGU